GACACACCCAGCAAGAGGCACUGCCCCGGGCGGUGACACGACAGUGAAGCCGGCUCCGGGGGUCGCCCGCGGGGCCUCCCGGGUGCCUCGCCUUCGGGAUGGAGCCGGCCAGUGCCGAGCUGCGGCCACCAGAGCGGAGCCGGGAACGGUAUGCGCCCGGGCCGAGGAGGAAGCCGGAGCAUUUGGGGGACUGGACCGCGGGAACCCGGAAACGCCUGGGCCGCACCGGGCCGGCGGUAGCGACGGCGGCGGUAGCGGGCGCCGCUGCGCUUCAGGGGUCGCGGGGGACCCGGCGGGCGCCGCAGCCUGGGGCGCCCGGCGGAGCUGAGCCGCCGCCCCCAGUGCGCGCAGCCGGCCGAGCGGCGUGGGAGGCAAAUGAAGAUAAAACAAUGUCAGCCAACCUAAAAUACCUUUCCUUGGGAAUUUUGGUCUUUCAAACUACCAGUCUGGUUCUAACGAUGCGUUAUUCUAGGACUUUAAAAGAGGAGGGGCCUCGUUAUCUGUCAUCUACAGCCGUGGUUGUUGCUGAACUUUUGAAGAUAAUGGCCUGCAUUUUAUUAGUCUACAAAGACAGCAAAUGUAGUCUAAGAGCACUGAAUCGAAUACUACACGAUGAAAUUCUUAAUAAACCUAUGGAAACACUUAAACUUGCUAUUCCAUCAGGGAUAUAUACUCUUCAGAAUAAUUUACUCUAUGUGGCACUGUCAAAUCUAGAUGCAGCUACUUAUCAGGUCACAUAUCAGUUGAAAAUUCUUACGACUGCAUUAUUUUCUGUGUCGAUGCUUAGUAAAAAAUUAGGUGUGUACCAGUGGCUCUCCCUAGUAAUUUUGAUGACAGGAGUUGCUUUUGUACAGUGGCCCUCAGAUUCUCAAGAGCUUAAUUCUAAGGAACUUUCAGCUGGCUCACAAUUCGUAGGCCUCAUGGCAGUUCUCACAGCAUGUUUUUCAAGUGGCUUUGCUGGGGUUUACUUUGAGAAAAUCUUAAAAGAAACCAAACAAUCAGUGUGGAUAAGAAACAUUCAACUUGGUUUCUUUGGGAGUAUAUUUGGAUUAAUGGGUGUAUAUGUUUAUGAUGGAGAACUGGUAUCAAAGAAUGGAUUUUUUCAGGGGUAUAACUGGCUGACCUGGAUAGUUGUUGUUCUUCAGGCACUGGGAGGCCUUGUAAUAGCUGCUGUUAUUAAGUAUGCGGAUAACAUUUUAAAAGGAUUUGCAACCUCUCUGUCCAUAAUAUUAUCAACACUGAUAUCUUAUUUUUGGUUACAAGAUUUCGUACCAACCAGUGUCUUUUUCCUUGGAGCCAUCCUUGUAAUAACAGCUACUUUCCUAUAUGGUUAUGAUCCUAAACCUGCAGGAAAUCCCACUAAAGCAUAGUGGUAAUACUGUCUUUAUCUGGUUUUUCACAAUGGUGCACUAGGAAUCUCAACAUUAAUCCUGCACAGAGGACUUCUACAGAUUCUAAGAAAAAAAUCAUCAUGCUGAAUCUGAUCAUAAUGUUCAAAUGGUUUGAAAAUAUAAAAGUUUAAGGAUAAAAUAUAUGUAUAUGUAACAAAAUGCCUAUUGCAUCUAGAAAUCAAAACUUGAAAGUAUUUCCAGGGAUUAGAAUAAUUAUUGGAGGAAACUUGAAAUCUGAGUUUAAAAAGAUUUUAUGUAUUUGAUUGCUGCAGAAAUAUCCUAUGCAUUCUUUGCAAGAGCACACAACAAAUGUCAGACAUCAAUUUUGCAAAUUAGAUAUAUUUAAUCUUAUUAAAUGUUUUUUAUCUGACUCUUUCUGUACAGAUAUAUCAAAUAAUGUGGAUAUUCAAAGUUUGAUAAUUAUAAUUACCUAUAAAGCUGUGAAGAGAUAGGAUGAUUUGAAAAACAUUUUCAUGUAUCUCAGAUUUUUAUAUUUAUACAGAAGAUUACUAAACAAAGAUUGCUAUAUGUUGCAAAUGUUCAACCGCAUAAAAAUUGAUAAAGUAACAUUCUGGGUCUGAUUUGUCAGACAAUAAAAUUCAUAUUUAAAUUUAAUGUAAAGAAAUAUACACAUCUAUUUCUCCAUCUACAUUUUAAGAUCUUUUAGUGCUUCAGAACUGCUGGAAGCAAGCAAUCCAGUUGUUCCUGUGCUAGAUAGUAGCCAGUUACUUUUACACUAAUGGAGUUUUGUCCUUAAUCUCUUAAUUGUAUUUCUUUUCUGUAAAUCAGAUAAAUCCUUAAUAUUACUUUAAAA